CUGACGAAAGCCACAAGCCGACCCUCGACGAAAGCGGACAAAAUAUUCAGACAUGGGGUCAAAGCUGUCACCCUGGCGAGCAGUUGAUACGGCCAGUCAUGAACGGCAAGUCUUUGAGCGCACAAUCUUUGGCUUUGAGUCUGUUCUGGCCUCUUUCAACGAGCAUGCCUUUGGCCCUGCUGAGCCCAGCGUAGGCCUUCAAAUUGGGGUGAAUACAUCGAUGCAAGCCAGGGACCGGAGAGAAAGAUUUCUAAUGUUUGGCUGGAUGUCUUCGCAUGAUGACAAGGAUAGCAUCAGGCUGCAGUUCACGCCUCUUUCCGACAGGGCCAGAAAAGAUUGGCUGGAACAGACGCUGGAGGUGGAAAGGGAAGAUUUAUCAAUCGAAGAUCUUAGAAUCCAGCAGAGCACCGUCUUGCCAUUAGGUCGCGUCAAUGAGCCUGAUUCGUACAUGAUCAAGUUAAUCGUCAGCAUGUCAAGCAGAGCCGAUCUUCUUUCGAUUCUGAUCAGAUCUCAUCAUGUUCUCUUCGAUGGACCUGGCCUGCUCUCCGUGCUCGAUCGCUUUCUGGAAAGACUUGCUUUAGAUGGCCAUGGUGCGCUCGACAACGAUCACGUGGCGCCUAGCGUUGAUAUGCAAAGCCCUCUGAGGCGGCUCAGAAGCCAUGCUCUAGACGCCGUGGGCAUGACGGAAGACGACUACAAUUCAGGCGAGCCUUACGGAGACCUUGGCAAGCGACUGAUUGAGGUGGGUUGCUUGAUGCCAAAUGGGG